GGCCCGAAGCCCCCGGUCGGGCCUGAAUAAACUCUGCAUGUGCACGCGAGGGAGCAAUACCCUGGGUGGGGGCGGGGAGCCGGGGGAAUACGUGGCAGUAGCUGUUUUUGUGCAGCCCAGCUGGCCUGGAAGUCACUAUUACACCAGGCUACCUCCAGCUCACAGCUCUGCCUGCCUCUCCUUCCAGUGGUGGGAUUAAAGGCGUGGGAAUGAAACACCACACCUGGCAAAAUUGUAUUUCUAUUUUGAGUGCCUGUGUGUAUAGCAGGUCCAGCUUCCUCCCUCGGGUUAUUCUUCUCAAGGACUUCCCAUUUUGGUGCUCUGGUCAUCACUAGGAGCAUUCAGCCCAGGACCCAAGUAGGGACAAUGUCCCCUGCCAUCGCACUGGCAUUCCUGCCACUCGUGGUGACAAUGUUGGUGAGAUAUCGGCACCACUUCCGACUGCUGGUGCGCACAGUCUUGCUGAGGAGCUUCAGAGACUGCCUGUCAGGACUGCGCAUUGAGGAGCGGGCCUUCAGCUAUGUGCUCACCCAUGCCCUGUCUGGGGACCCUGGUCACAUCCUCACUACCCUAGACCACUGGAGCAGCUGCUUUGAGUACCUGGGCCACAUGGGACCUGUUAAAGGUCAGAUUCUGAUGCGGCUGGUGGAGGAGAAAGCCCCUGUUUGUGUGCUGGAGUUGGGCACCUUCUGCGGAUACUCUACACUGUUUAUUGCCCGUGCUUUACCCCCUGGGAGUCGCCUUCUCACGGUGGAGUGGGACCCACGCACAGCAGCAGUGGCUGAAAAACUCAUCCGACUGGCUGGCUUUGACGAGAGAACGGUGGAGCUCAUCACAGGCAGCUCGGAGGAGGUGAUCCCACACCUACGAUCCCAGCACCAGCUGAGUCAGGCAGACCUGGUGCUCCUGGCACAUCGACCCCGGUAUUACCUGCGGGACCUGCAGCUACUGGAGGCUCAUGUGCUGCUGCCAGCUGGUGCCACUGUGUUGGCUGACCAUGUGCUUUUUCCUGGUGCACCCCGCUUCUUACAAUAUGCCAAGAGCUGUGGCCGCUAUCGCUGCCGCCUCCAUCACACCAGCCUCCCAGACUUCCCCGCCAUCAAAGAUGGUAUAGCUCAGCUCACUUAUGCUGGACCUGGCUGAGGUCUAGAACCUGUGGUAUUUACUGAUGUACCCCAGCCCUACCCAAGCAAGGACCUCAGAACAUUCCCCUUUCAUUCCUGUUUAGGGUCUAACACAUGCUGGGCUCAGGGCUAGGGAGGCCUUCUUCCCAACUUUGCCCCCCUCCGGCCUUCAUACUGAUCCAAAGUGUCAAAUUCUAUCAGGCUACUUGUUCCCACAAGGUUCCACUCCUAGAAAGCCAGGGACUAGCAGGCAAGAGGUCUGAGCUCUCAACCCAGCUCUGUUAGGGAUUUCUAACUCCACCAGAGUCCUUCCCUCCUCUGAGAUUCAGUCUCCUUUCUUAAUACUAAGGCCCUUGGCUCUGAGCUUCAUCCCUAGUGCAUGCCAUUCCGGAUGGGAUCAGAGGAAGUUGAAGACAAUGAGAAUCCCUGAAGGAGCAUCUGGGUACAAGCUGGGUCACAGAACUAUC